GCCAAUGGGCGCGCACGCCGUGCGGGGCCGCGGACGUCGCUCCCCAAGAUGGCGGCGCGGCCGUGCCGAGGAGCCGGAGCGGGGGCCGCCCGCGGAACCGAGUGAAGCCGCCGCCCGGGCCCGGGGCGCAGCGGGACGAGCGGCGGCGGCCGUGGCCAUGCGGCGGGGCUAGGGGCGAGCGCGCUUCCUGGGGUUUAGUAAUGUUAACAGAGGCCAGCCUUUCCAUAUGGGGAUGGGGAAGCCUUGGCGUUGUGCUUUUCCUUGUAACGUUCGGACCCUUUGCUAUCUUUUACUUUGCAUUUUACAUCCUCUGCUUUGUGGGCGGGGGUUUUGUGGUCACUCUCUUGUUUGGAAAAACCAAUUCUGAGAAGUACCUGGAACAGUGUGAGCACUCCUUUCUUCCUCCAACUUCCACAGGGAUUCCUAAGUGCUUAGAAGAAAUGAGACGGGAAGCUCGAAUGAUUAAAAUUGAUCGAAGAUUGACGGGUGCCAAUAUCAUUGAUGAGCCUCUUCAGCAAGUUAUCCAGUUUUCCUUGAGGGAUUAUGUCCAGUAUUGGUAUUAUACACUAAGUGAUGAUGAAUCUUUUCUCCUCGAAAUCAGGCAGAUGCUCCAGAACGCGCUCAUUCAGUUCUCCACCAGGUCGAAAGAGAUAGACUGGCAGCCUUACUUCACCACCCGCAUCGUGGACGACUUUGGCACCCACCUGCGCGUUUUCAGGAAGGCCCAGCAGAAGGUGGCCGAGAAGGAUGAGCAGGCCAAAGGUUCGGCUGAAGACCUGGUGGAGACCUUCUUCGAGGUGGAGGUAGAGAUGGAGAAGGACACCUGUCGCGAUCUGGUCUGCACCUCUGCCAAAGAAGAAGAAGGAUUCCUUAGGGAUCUGUGUGAGGUUUUACUGUAUUUGUUGCUACCUCCUGGAGACUUCCAGAACAAGAUCAUGCGAUACUUUGUCAGGGAAAUCCUUGCACGUGGAAUUCUUCUUCCAUUAAUAAACCAACUCAGUGAUCCUGAUUAUAUUAAUCAGUACGUCAUAUGGAUGAUUCGUGAUUCCAAUUGCAACUAUGAGGCCUUUAUGAACAUUAUUAAAUUAAGUGACAACGUGGGUGAGCUCGAAGCAGUCAGGGAUAAAGCUGUUGAAGAAUUACAAUAUCUUCGGUCCCUGGAUACUGCAGGUGAUGAUAUCAACACUAUCAAAAAUCAGAUUAAUAGCUUAUUAUUUGUAAAGAAAGUAUGUGACUCCAGAAUACAGAGGUUGCAGUCAGGCAAAGAAAUAGAUACUGUGAAACUGGCAGCACACUUUGGGAAACUUUGCACAGUCCCCUUGGACAGCAUUCUUGUAGACAAUGUUGCACUACAAUUUUUCAUGGAUUAUAUGCAGCAGACUGGAGGCCAAGCUCAUCUCUUCUUCUGGAUGACAGUGGAAGGGUACCGGGUGACAGCCCAACAGCAGCUGGAGGUGCUACUGAGCCGCCAGAAAGAUGGGAGGCAGCAGACCAACCAAACCAAAGGCCUGCUGAGAGCCGCUGCUGUCGGGAUUUAUGAGCAGUACUUGUCAGAAAAGGCCUCGCCCAGAGUUCACAUUGAUGACUACUUGGUAGCCAAGUUAGCGGAUACGCUGAACCAUGAAGAUCCCACGCCUGAGAUUUUUGAUGACAUCCAAAGGAAGGUGUAUGACCUGAUGCUGAGAGAUGAGAGGUUCUACCCGUCCUUUAAGCAGAAUGUUCUCUAUGUGCGCAUGCUGGCUGAGCUCGACAUGCUGAAAGACCCCAGCUUCCGAGGCUCUGACGAUGGGGAUGGAGAGUCAUUUAAUCGGUCUCCUACAGGGAGCAUCAAUUUGUCUCUAGAUGACCUGUCGAGCGUGACUUCGGACGACUCGGUGCAGCUCCACGCGUACAUCUCUGAUACUGUCUGUGCUGACUGUGACCCCUAUGCUGUGGCAGGCGUGUGUAAUGACCACGGCAAGACCUACGCCUUGUAUGCCAUCACUGUCCACCGGCGCGGCCCCAACAGUGACGAGAUCUGGAAGACGUACCGCCGCUACAGCGACUUCCAUGACUUCCACAUGCGAAUCACUGAGCAGUUUGAGAAUCUGUCAAGCAUUUUGAAGCUCCCUGGUAAAAAAACAUUUAAUAAUAUGGAUCGAGAUUUUUUAGAAAAACGAAAAAAGGAUCUAAAUGCAUAUUUACAGUUAUUGUUGACUCCUGAAAUGAUGAAGGCUUCCCCUGCCUUGGCUCCCUAUGUGUUUGACUUUCUGGAGAACAAAGCCUACAGCAAAGGGAAAGGGGAUUUUGCUCGUAAGAUGGACACUUUUGUAAACCCGCUUCGCAAUUCUAUGAGGAAUGUCUCCAAUGCAGUUAAAUCUCUUCCCGAUAGCUUGGCGGAGGGCAUGACAAAAAUGUCAGACAACAUGGGCAAAAUGUCAGAGAGAUUAGGACAAGACAUAAAACAAUCAUUUUUCAAGGUGCCUCCUUUAAUUCAGAAGACAGAUUCUGAUCCUGAACAUUGCCGUGUUUCUGCCCAGCUCGAUGACAAUGUGGAUGAUAACAUUCCUCUCCGAGUCAUGCUGCUCCUCAUGGACGAAGUCUUUGAUUUAAAGGAGAGGAAUCAGUGGCUGCGAAGGAACAUCAAGAACCUGCUUCAGCAGCUCAUCAGAGCCACCUACGGAGACACCAUCAAUAGGAAAAUAGUUGACCAUGUUGAUUGGAUGACUUCCCCUGAGCAAGUGGCUGACUCAGUGAAACGUUUCAGGGAUUCCUUCUGGCCCAACGGCAUCUUAGCAGAGACUGUGCCCAGCAGGGACAAGGCCAUCAGGAUGAGAACCAGGGUCGCCGGGAAAACCAAGCUGCUCGAGAUAAUGCCUGAUGAGCUGAAGCACAUCAUCGGGGCCGAGACGACCCGGAAGGGCAUCCUGCGCGUUUUCGAGAUGUUCCAGCACACCCAGCUGAACAAGAGGAUGGUCUACGUCUUUCUGGAGGGCUUCCUAGAGACCUUGUUCCCCCAGUAUAAGUUUCACGAUCUCUUCAACAAGCUGCACUCACGCUCCAGGCAGAUGCGGAAGUACAAGCAGAGACUGCAGACGGCGCCGCCGGCCCCCCUGCAGAAGAGGUGACCCUGCGACGCCGCCAGGGUUUGCUUGUCUGGGAUGGGCUCUGGGCGGGGCCUCCGGGGCUCAGCUCCGCUCUCGUAGUGUCCCCCGUUAGCCUAUUAGCGCAUCCACGAGAGCCGGGCUCCUGCCCCCCUUCACCCCGGGACCGCCGCCGGCCUCGGCGAGUGCGGGCGCCUCAGCCCCCCUCCUUUCUGACUGAGGAAGCCUUGUCCAGCCACGGGCGCCAGAGAGUAGGUGGGGGGGGGCUCGCCGUGAGGCCCCAGGAGACUGCGAGGGGCGGCUGGGGGGGACGGCGCUCUGUUUUGCGUCAGGACUGCUGAGGUCGAGGCCGCCAUUCCUGCGAGGGAGGCGCCGCCCCACGGAGGCACUUUGGACCAGCCGUCCCUAGAAAGCCAUGUCACCGACCCAACGCUCCCCAAAGCACGGACUGACGGUUAAGAAAUUUGGUUCUUUCACCCUCGUUCAUAUCCUUGUGAUGUAAAGAAAUAAAACUGGGUACCAUUAGAAUUCGGUUGUAUUUGUUCUUCAGUGGAGUAAAGAGUGUCCCGUUUGUGUCCACGACGGGCCCUGGGCCUCCUUAGCUCUGGCGGCCCCCACCCGGUACCCCGGCCCUACUUGGGAUGGAGAAGGAAGCAGACUGAGACCCCGACUCUGGCCUGGGCCGCCUGCCCCCGGGGCCGGUCGGGAGUUUGGCCUCCGAAAAUGGAACCGUGAAAACCCUCACUUGGCAAAAAGAGUCGUCCUCUUCUCAUUUCGACUGAUUUGACUUCCACUCAACGUAGUCAGAGCGCUAGGGUUGCUACUCACCAAAAAAAGAUUUUUAAGGAACGUCAUUCGUCGUAUGCAAAUAUCCAAAUUCCUGAAUCCGCCCCAGUGUACAUAUCUGAAAAUAAAGAAUGGAAACACAACUACGAUAUUUUUUUAACUAUUUUUUUUAUUUUUUGGCGUAAUGUAAAGUUUAAAAGACCCUACAAAAAUCCCUCGGUCUAUCCCUUUAAUUCCCUGAAAUCAUUCUCUACUAUGAAGAAGCAAACAUGUACUUUCACUCUUUGGGGGCCUCUGAAUAUUUCAGAGUUUUCUUACGUUCCAUUUUCUCCCGAGAGAUCCUUCAUCCGCCACGAGGGCUGCUCCUGCACAAAUGUCCAUAUUCCCGUGAACUGAGGGGGGGAGGGGAGAGUUGUUUUUAUGUCUUUCUUUUAAAAAUAUUUAACACUACGAGCUUAAGAGCAUGAAGCUACUUACCAGAUCACUGAGCCAAGAUCCUGGUGGGGAUUGAGCCCCCAGGUGACAGCAAUAUAUAUGUAUGUAUGUAUGUAUAUAGAAAUAUAUAUAUAUGUAUGUGUAUAUCUCCAGCUAAGAGAAAGGGUCUAGGUGUCCCGGGCCCACACCGUUAUUUGAGAGCUUUAAGGGUGAGAAAACACCCCGUGUUGAUUUUGUCGUUUUCUCUCUUGGAAUCUACUUUAAGCCUAUUAACACAAUGAAGCCUUUCUUUAAAUAUUUGUCCUAACGAUCAUGUUUAUUGCCGAUGUCAUCGUGCGUACUUGCAGCAUAGGGGAACUCGGCACAUAUUGCACAUCUUCAAAACGGACAGAGAAAUCCCGAGGCCUUGGAGUAGGUUAUUUCUUCCUGAUCUCAAUGGGGUUUCCUCCCUAGGCUCGAAAAUAAUGAGUCGUGAAAUGUGUUCAUCCGUAGGAAAAAUUGACUUGGCCACUAGAAAAAUGACUUUCACGCCCCCUGCUCCCUGUUGUCAAUGUGACUGUUUGGAAAACGUAACGGUGAAUUUAGUUCUGUGCAAGUGAAAGACUGUUCAGAGGAGCCAAGUACGUACCUGCGAAAGAUGAACUCUAUGUGGGGAGAUACAGGCCAGAAACCCUAGGAAGAUGGUGCCCCAAAAUACAGCCAGUCAGUAUAGAGCCCUCCCGCCCCCCCAAGAGAAGCCGGCUUCUAUCUCGCCAAAAGGUUUUUCUGGAAAAAAAAAAUGGUUGGAAUCGCUUUUUACUACAAAUUUAUAGAUGGUAUUUUCAGAGCAAGAAUAUUAAAUAAUAGUCGGUCUAAAGCGGGCGCAUCUUCUCUAAAGGGACCUAUGUUCUGGAGUUCACAGAGAGCUGUGGGUCUCCAGGUAUCUCAGUCCGGCUGUGCGUGAACAUCUUUAGCCCACAAAUCAAGUCCACUGUACCAUGUUAAUAAAGGCAUUGCAUUAGUGCAUCUAGAAAUAUAUACAUAUAUACAUAUAUAUAUAUAUAUAUAUAAAAGAAGAUUUGUGUCUUCUGAUAUUUAAUUUCUUAAUAUGGUUUUUUAAGUCAGUGGUGCCUUUGGGCUAGAGCUAUCAAAAAUAAUCUCUUUGAGGUUCUUGAUUUGGGUUUUUGUUGUUGCCGUUCUAUUUUGUCUUUAAGACUAUACAUGAUCGAACAUAGAGAAAAAAACUCCCUGCCAACUUACGUGUUCUAUUACCCUGGGGGAAAAAAAUGUAUCAUUAAAAUCCAGCACUUAGACAGGCGUAUUCUAGUAUUUGGGUGUUCUGAAUAGUUGCUGAAAUAAUUGUGCCAUUGACCAAAAAAAUGCACUUGGUUAGCCUUAAUUUUUUUCUUUUGAAAGAAUAUUCAAGUUUUUAAAAAUUUUUCCUUUGGUUUGUUCUCAAGCUUGUGCUGCUGGUGUUUGCUCUGAUUCACAAUUUAUUUGAAGUGCUGCCAGGAUGUGUACCAACUUUCUAGAAAGUUAACUAUUUAAAUUCCACAAUCUCAAAUUUAAUUUUGUGCAAUAUUUUCAUUUAACGCAUGUGAAUUUGAAUAAUUGUAAAAUAAAUGGAUUUUUAAUGUUCUGAGACGUAGGUUAAACCGUCUUCUUAACCCAACAACUUGCAUUCCGUUGUUGCUGCCUCUGUUUAUUUAAGGACUUGUUUUAAAAGUCUUAUAUGUCAUAAUCCUUGUAAAAUUCUCGGCGUUGGUGGAUUUCGCUCGGGGGAGAGUGGCCCUCGUGUCACGAGGGCAAACUCGACUGGGCGCAUCUCCGGGAUGGGGCUGGUAAAGACGCCUUGUGCAUAUAUCACUGUACAGUCAGUGUCAACUGUGUGCCUCAUUGUUCUAUCAAUACUUUCUCCCCUUCAGCGAAGAACAACAGUCAAAAUGUCGGUCAUUUAUUGAACUGGAAAAAAAAGUAAAAUUUUUUAUUUGGGGUUUGCAUUAUGUUCUGUCCAUUAGGAAAGCUGAAAAAAAAAAUAUUACACUAAUAAAGUAUUAACAAAUUUC